CUUACUCCGGACGAAGGUGACGUGAAGCUUCAUCAUCUCACCAGGACACAGAAUGCGAGCGUUUCUGAUAUUGGCCGUGGUGGCGCUGGCCGUCGAGGGGCAGCAAAGACCAGGUCCCCCGAGGCGAGGCCCACCACACCGCAGGCAGUUCCAGGGCCCACCUCGAGGAGGACCCCCAUUCAGAGGCCCUCCCCUCCCGCCCCCUCCAGGUUUCCGAGGACCACCUCCACCACCUCCUCCUCCGGGCGCGUUCAGACCCCAGGGCGGGCCAGGGUUCCGACCGGGCCAGGGACAGACGUUGGGCCAGCUGCCCCUGAACCCGCGGCCGGAGUUCGACAACCCCAACUUCAUCCCGCGCGAGGAAGACAUCUUUUCCGGGGAGGAGGUGUCGUUCAGCGAGGGCGACGACUUCGGUCCGCUCUUCGCCGAUGACGUGCAGGGCCCCCGUCAGAGCCACGAAAGGUUCCGGGACGACGAAGGAAGUAGUCUCGAAGCCACGCCCUUCUUCCAACCCGACCACGACCUUCCUGCGGCCACCGAGGACUCGCACGGCGCCCCCGAAACCCUCGUUCCCCAUCAGCAGGUGGAGGGACCGCACCAGUUCGAGGAGGAGACGCAGGAGGUGGUCGACGUCUUGUCAGCGCCCCCUUCUAGACGUCCCCGCCCCCCCUCACAGCGACCACGCCCAUCUCAGAGCCGGUUCCCGUCGCAUCCUAAUCAGUUCCCUCUGCACAACGUCAUCGAGGAAGCUCCACCUCAGACCCGUCAACGUCCCCUCCGUGACCCUCUCGUCGAGUACCAAUACGACGACGAAGAAGGCGAAGACGAUGAAGAGGAGGAAGAACCCGACCGCCUCUCGAUCUUGCUGCAGGAUUCCCACUUCACUUGCGCUUCCAAGAAGAAUGGUUAUUACGCUGACGAGGAGGUGGAUUGUGAGGUCUUCCAUUACUGCCAAGAUAGCGUGAAGCACUCCUGGCUGUGCCCUGAGGGAGCGUCUUUCCAUCAGGUUCACCUGAUUUGCAUGCCCCGUUCCGAGGACAACAUCUGCGCCAAAUCCUCCAAGUUCCACUUCGUCAACGAGUUCCUCUACAAGGAGGUCGAGGGCGAGAACAAGACCUACGCCGACCGCUACUACCCCGAGGGCUUCGAGGACGGAGUCGCUAACCUCGACGACGGACCGACUCCUGUGCGUGACUUCCCCCAGCACAACGAACCGAUCCACCACCAGAGCUUCGUGGAGGAUGACCGGUCUGCGUCCUUGCCCCCUCGCCGCCCAGACUCCUUCCUCGAUCGCCUCCCACCCUCAGGUCCGGCGCCGCAGCAGUUCCUCCCGCUUGAGGAGCAUCCAGGGAGGCCCUUCGUGGAGAGACGUCCGGGUCAGUUCGCGCGACCUCCUCACCCUCGCCCGAACGGACCUCAGUUAGGUUUCCAGGGAUAAAGGGGGGAACGUCGCUAUGAUAUGCAUUUUAAUUUAAAAAACAACAACACCAGCCGUGCUUAGAGGAAGCUUGGCAACGUUAAAAAAAUCAGAGAAAUCACACAAUACACGCGUUCAAACUGUUUCUCGCAGGUUACGUGUGUUCAGUCUGAUUCUCCCCGUUUAACUGUUCAGUGUUUAUUUAUUGUUUCAAACCACAACCUGUCCUUCCCCUAGCCCUUCACCUCGUCGUCGCUCUAUCCCCGAAAACCACACGUAAUCCCGUAAACCAAAGAAAAUUCUUGCAACCAUGACGCGCCAUUGUGAGAAGAAAUUCAAGAAAAAAUAACUUGAGAUCACACGUUAUUUCGAGACUAAAAAAGAGCGAAGCAUCGAAACACACAAUUGUUUGGUUUAGGAAAUUCGGCCCAAGAAGAAUGGCUUGAGACCAUGCGUUUUUAGUUACAAUAGAGCGAAGCUUCGAAACACGCAAUUGUUUUGUUAAGGAAAUUCGCCCCAAGGAGAAUGCUGUGACAAAAUACAAGGAGAGGGAAAGAGGUCCAUUGUGGUCAACAUUUUUUGUAUAUAUGUUCUGUUGUUAUAAAUAUUUUGUUAAAUGCUGUUAUCUCGGCAGGGUUUUUGAAAUCACCGCCUUGUUUGUAGAACUAAAUACAUUUGAGCACCAA